AUACCAGUCCUGGAGGCAGCCCAGCACGAGUUCCUCGGGCAGAGCCCUCGUCGAUGAAAGCAAAGAGGAGCUCCAGCCCCGCAGCCAUGUCCACGUCCCUGCGGGUGAGCCCCUCGGUGCACGGCUACCGCUUCGACACGGCGCUGCGCAAGAAAGCCGCGGCCAACAUCUUCGAGAGCAUCAACGAGGCGUCCCUGCAGAAACUCUUCAGAAACUCCGGGGACAAGAAGGCGGAGGAGAGAGCCAAGAUAAUCCUCGCCACCGACCAGGACAUGGAGGAAAAAACGAGAGCGCUGAUGGCACUAAAGCAGAGGAGAAAAGACAAACUGCUGCAGUUCCUGACGUUUCGGAAAUACUCCAUCAAAGUUCACUGAGCUGGCGGAGGGAGCAGGAAUGGAGAACGUUUUGUGACGGGACUGUUUGAGACCUCCUAGCACGCUCAGCAUGCUCGGCUGCCCCGUGGGCUUGGGGAGCUGAGAGACCACGCACGGGGCUUCAGCUCCGCUGCAAACCACGAGCCAACAGUGGCAGCAGCAUCGGUGCCCAGGGCAGCACUGGUGAGGCCAGCAGCAUCAGUGCCCAUGGCACACUGGUGUGACCAGCAGCACUGGUGUGACCAGCAGGAUCAGUGCCCAUGGCACACUGGUGUGGCCAGCAGCAUCAGUGCCCAUGGCACACUGGUGUGACCAGCAGCAUCGGUGCCCACAGCAGGAUCAGUGCCCAUGGCAC